GAUUCUGAAGAAAAACUAUUGUAUGCCACGUUGCGUCUUGUCUUGUCUUGUCUCUAAAACAUUCCUUGUGUAAGAAUCCAUUCAAGAGUUCUUUUUUUUCUAGUGAACACUGCUAGUGAUACAAGUGAUGUUCAAACAACGUGAACACUGCUAUUGAUCGAUUAUAAGAACUAUAUAUACAAACCCAACCAAGUAACUAGAGACAAUAUAACUUGAUUGAAAUCAAAACAGCUAACUGAAAUUUUGGACGCAAGGCUAAUCUUCUUCCUGUCUUGAAAAGUACUUUAAAGGCCUGGCCCACUUAUUUCACACGAGGGCGGGUAUAUCUAAAACUCUUUAUAGAUGACGUGGGAUAGAAUCAAGUGCACGCAGGAAACGUUUAUACUGAAGCGAUCAUAAGAUUUUUGAUCGAGACGGUGCGUUCUCUUCGACACGCAUUUUAUGACACAACCACAAAGAAGAAGAGCUCAACGAUGUUCCAGAAAUAGUAAGACACUGAAUCUCAGAUCCUCUCGUCUUGAAAGUCUGUAUACUUUCUCUAUCUAUAAUCUUUGAAAGCUGGAAUGUUCUCAUUUUUAUAAUCUUCAUAGAGAUCAUUAUAGAGAAGAUGGGUAGAUUAUAUUUGAGGAGAGACGAGCUAGCUCUAAUAAUCCUAUACUUGAACAAAGCUGAGGCUAGAGACAAGAUAUGCAGAGCGAUUCAGUUCGGUUCCAAAUUCUUGAGCGGUGGGCAUCCUGGUACUGCUCAAACUGUAGACAAAAACACCAGUUUGGCUAGAAAAGUGUUCCGCCUUUUCAAGUUUCUCAAUGAUUUUCACCUUCUUAUUGGCCCUGUUCCUAAAGGGACUCCACUUCCUCUUGUCUUACUCGGAAAGUCCAAGAAUGCACUCUUGUGCACCUACUACUUUCUUGAUCAAUUCGUCUGGCUUGGUAGAUCCGGCAUAUAUAAGAACAAAUUACUAACUGAUUUGAUUCGAAGUUUCGCAAUUUUCUGCUGGCUUGGAUCAUCUCUUUGUAAUAUAGCAAUCCAGAUUGGUGAGCUUAUAAUGCACUCUUCAUCUAUGAAGAAGAUGGAAAAGGAACUCAAAGAUGAUGAAGAGCAGGAUAAGGAGAUGGAUCGUGCUGCUAAGCUUCAGAAAUCAAAAGACAGAAUUCUAGCUUUGAUUAAAUCAAGCAUGGACACUGUUGUAGCCAUUGGUCUGCUUCAUUUGGUUCCAUUUAUAGUUACUACUCGUGUCACUGGCGCUUUCGGGUUUGUCACCUCGCUUAUCUCUUGUUAUCAGUUGCUUCCGGGACGCCCCAAGUUAAAGACACCUUGAAGCAAGAAGAAGCUGGGCCUUCAUAAUAAUUGUGUUUCAUAUUCAUUAGUGAACCUGUUGUGUUCAAGUAGUCUCAUGAGUCUAUGUUGCUCCUAUGCAGUAAUAAUGAUAACUCUUAUAUGAUACUUAAUACUCUGAACAAGACUCUGUUUCUACAUAGCUAAAAGGAUUCUUCUAUGUUCAAGUUCAAUAACUUUAAUCUCUUACAACCACUGUAACUACAGACAAAACCAGAGACAACCCAACCAUGUGUACAAGUUCCAGAUCAAUAUGAAAAAAAAAAAGA